AUGUUGUCCACCAAUAUCGUGAAAAACGAAACGCAGAAACAGUCACACUUUGAACAUGAGCCUACAUCCUCCAAAUUUGUGCAUGCUAACCUUCUUCAUCGUGCUGGGCUCCUGCUGGCAGAACUGACCGCCUUCCAAUCAUACCUGCAAUCGCAGAGGAAAGAGGACACUGUCAGGAUCCGCCAAUUCUUCUUGGGUGUUCAAUCCGAGACAAAAAGCUUGGAACGCAUUGCUAAUGUCAUUUCCAAUGAAGGGUUGAUCGCAGAUGACAAGAACGACGCAGUUGAGGCCAAACGCCUACAUGUUCUGCAGAGCUCUAAUUUACCUUUCUAUGAGGUGGUUUGGCAAGUGGCAAUUAGAUGCGAGGGUUUAAUAGCGCUGGGAAUGAGAAAUCGUCGCGUUCGGACCGUGAGCCUGGCGGAUGAGAAGGACUCACCUAAUCACAAUUCUGUGUCACUCGGACAAGCUGGUAUAGCUAGCAAGACCGUAAGAAGGAAGGAUGCAGCUGCAGCAGACAUUGUUGCAGACGAUGGUGGGACUUGGAUCAAGGUGUCUACCAUCACAGAAAAGAGGCUGCUUUUCGAGAUGGCCAAGGAAGGCUGGGAAGGGUAUGAUGAUGAGUCCAGUGAAGAUCACCGUGAUUCCGAUGUUGAAAAUGGAACGCUUCCAGGCGCAACCCGUUGUCAGGCCUAUCGCCUGGAACUUGUACGAUUGGCAGAGGAUCUGAUAAAAGCGGCUUGUGCUGUCAGAGUUCGCUAUCGGCAUCCGAGAAUACAAUUCAUUUUGCCCAGGAUAUUUGAAGGUCGAUUACCAGAGAUCGACUCUGUGAUUCAAGAUCUCAGGAAGACUGGUGUCGAAGUGCAAUGUGCAGCAGAAAUGCAAAGUUGUUUCAACAGGCAGAACCCAACCGUGGAUUCCAGCCACUCUUCGAUAUUUUCACGCAUGCUCCCACGCACCCAUCCGCCUUUAUCGACGGUUCUUAAUAUUGACUGCACCAUUCUUCUCGCCCUGAUUUCUGAUAUCUCGCAUCUGCGAUCCGAAAAUCUGCCCGUCGCACCAGAGGGCAAGUAUCAUUCUGCCAUCACUCGGCAAAUUAAAUCAGAAGAGACGACGCUACUUCUACAAUCAGAACUCUUCCCUCCCCUGGUCGGACGUCAAAUGGAAUGUACCUGGCACGCCGCCCGGCGAAUGAGGGAAAUUGUGCACACAAUGGGUACAGUAGCAGAGAAGGCAAGGGCUGAUAUCAUCCUUGGUGAAGGCGAAUACAAGGAACUACCUGAGGUUGAGCUGUGUGCUAGGCUGAAAGACUUCUCCGACCACGACGUUCCAGUCGGACUACUUUUACCGAUUCGGGUUGUCGAUUUUGAUGCUGAUGCGAUGCUAGUAAAGGACAAGUCCGAAAUUCCCGCUGGAGUGAUGUCAGAGGUGGCCAAAGGGCUCAGUGAAAUCAACAAGAGUGUCUUUCUUUAUGGUUGGUGUCGAUCCAUUGUCACCAUCAGCAGCAAUAGAGCUGUGGCGAAGGAGAUUGAACAAAAGGUCUGCCAGCUGCUUGACGAAAGAGAGAGAAACGCAGACGAAGCCUUACGGGAUGAAGUGACAGGCCCCAACAUCUGGGUCUGCGGUACUGCGAGAAGUCUGAUCGGAAAAGAGAAAGGGAGAAGGGAGGGAUAA